AUGAUAUCGGCUCUGUUCUAUCUCCAGCUCCAGGAACCACCGCAUGUCGUUGGGCAGCACGGAGAGCUCAAUUGCGAGGUAACUGUGGCGUGUAGAGAUGAAGACGACGCGGCAAUUAUGAAGAAACUCGCAACUGAAUAUCCAGGCCUCGCGGCAUGGUUGACGGCAAGGACACAGACUGUUUCUUCAUGGAACCGGCGUAUCGAUAUGCGGAUCAAGCACACUGAGACAUCCGCCUCCAUCACGGGGUUUCCCGCAUCAAUGAAGGGGAUAUAUUCCUUGCAGCAGCACCUGCCUCUGGAGAUGUACGUGGCACAGGCGCCGGUAAGCGAGCGUUUGAGAAGGGAAAAUGUCAACGGCCAGCACAAAGCUUGA